AUGUGGAUGGUAGGUUAUAAUGAAGGAGGCGAAUUCAACAUGGCUGAUUAUGCAUUCAAUGGAAGAAAACUCAGGCCUCUCAUGCCAAGGCCAGUUACUUCUCCCAACAACACUUCAACCACAAACACUCCUUGUUUGAGCCGGAUUCAUCAUGGCAACGAUUUCUUCUCACAAUAUCACAAUCUGGCAUCAGUGGCUGAGCAAGGGAAGAGAGAGUUCAACACCCCACCGGUUGUGGUGAGUUCAAGGUGGAAUCCAACCCCGGAACAGCUUAGAGCAUUGGAGGAAUUGUACAGAAGAGGAACAAGAACACCAUCUGCGGAGCAAAUCCAGCAAAUCACGGCACAGCUUAGGAGGUUUGGAAAAAUUGAAGGGAAGAAUGUUUUCUAUUGGUUUCAGAAUCACAAAGCAAGAGAAAGGCAAAAACGCCGCCGUCAAAUGGAAUCAGCUGCCGAGGGUCAUCACACCCGUGACUUUGAUAGUACUCUUGAAAAGAAAGAUUUGGGCGCAAGUAGGACAGUGUUUGAAGUUGAACAGACCAAGAACUGGGCACCCUCUACAAACUGCAGUACUCUUGCAGAGGAAUCUGUUUCAAUACAAAGGGCAGCAAAAGCAGCGGUUGCAGAUAGUAGAACAGAUGGAUGGCUCCAAUUCGAUGAAGGAGAAUUACAACAAAGAAGAAACUUUAUGGAAAGGAAUGCCACGUGGCAUAUGAUGCAGUUAUCUUGUCCUUCUCCUCCUACAGUUACACCCCACCUCAUAAACACACCUCCUAUUAUCUCUACUACUAGCAUGGCCACCACAACCACAGUAACAGCAAGAGUAAUGGACCCAAAACUCAUUAAGAACCAUGAUCUCAGCUUCUUUAUCUCUCCUCACAGAGAAAAUGGUAUUAUACACUUAAGCAGUAUCAACACUCAGGAUGCUAAUUGUGUGGAAUCUCAAACCCUUCAGCUUUUCCCAACAAGGAAUGGGGAUGAAAGCAGCGAUAACAUUAACCAACAGAAAGAGACAGACACAUCAGUUUCAGCAAUGAAUGCUCCCAGCCAGUUUUUUGAGUUCCUUCCAUUGAAGAACUGA